GCCGGUGUCGGUCUUUCCGGCGGCGCUGAGGCAGGGCGGCGGCAGCGCCAUGCGGGGCUGGGUGGCGGCGCUGGGCUGCGCCCUGUGCUGCGCCCUGGUGCGGGGCUCCGAGGACAUCGUGGUGGGCUGCGGAGGCUUCGUCAAGUCCGACGUGGAGAUCAACUACUCCCUCAUCGAGAUUAAGUUGUACACAAAGCACGGUACUCUGAAAUACCAAACAGAUUGUGCUCCAAACAAUGGGUAUUUCAUGAUUCCCCUCUAUGAUAAGGGGGAUUUCAUUCUUAAAAUUGAGCCUCCCCUAGGGUGGAGUUUUGAACCAACCAGUGUAGAUAUCCACGUAGAUGGCAUUAAUGACAUUUGCACAAAGGGAGGCGAUAUUAACUUUGUAUUUACGGGAUUUUCUGUGAAUGGAAAGGUCCUCAGCAAAGGUCAGGCUUUAGGUCCUGCUGGAGUCCAGGUUGUACUGAGAAAUGCUGGCAGUGAUGUAAACAUACAAGCAACUGUUACCCAGCCUGGAGGAAAGUUUGCUUUCUUUAAAGUGCUUCCUGGUGAAUAUGAAAUCUUUGCAUCUCAUCCCACCUGGAUGUUGAAAGAGGCAAACACGGUGGUACGGGUAACGAGUUCUAAUGCUUAUGCUGCUAGCCCUCUGAUUGUUGCUGGCUACAAUGUUUCUGGGUCAGUAAGGAGUGAUGGAGAACCAAUGAAAGGAGUCAUGUUUCUUCUAUUCUCUUCUUCAGUCACCAAAGAGGAUGUUGUGGGCUGCAAUAUUUCUCCUGUGGAUGGAUUCCAGUCAAGAGAUGAGUCUCUAACCUAUUUGUGCAAUGUUGUAUCAAAAGAAGAUGGAUCUUUCAGCUUUCUUUCCCUACCAAGUGGGAAAUACACUGUGAUACCAUUCUACAGGGGAGAGAGAAUUACCUUUGAUGUUGCACCAUCAAGGUUGGACUUCUUUGUAGAACAUGACAGUUUACAAAUUGAGCCUAUUUUCCAUGUGAUGGGUUUCUCUGUCACAGGCAGGGUAUUGAAUGGUCCCGAAGGGGAAGGAGUUGCUGAUGCCACUGUGACCCUAAACAAUCAGAUUAAAGUAAAAACAAAAGCCGAUGGAUCUUUCCGCCUUGAGAACAUAACAACAGGUACAUACACAAUUCAUGCCAGGAAAGAGCAUCUCUUCUUUGAUACUAUUACAGUGAAGAUCGCACCAAAUACCCCUCAGCUGGCAAACAUCAUUGCAACAGGAUUCAGUGUGUGUGGCCGGAUCUCGGUAACUCGUUUACCUGACACAGUCAAACAGAUGAAUAAAUAUAAGGUAACCAUGAUGCCUCUAGACAAGGACAAAGGAUCAUUGGUUACAACAGAAACAGACCCUCAUGGAGCAUUUUGUUUUAAGGCAAAAUCGGGUAUAUACAAUAUUCAGGUAAUUAUUCCAGAAGCUGAGACCAGAGCAGGAUUGGCUUUGAAACCCAAAGUGUUCCCUGUUACUGUUACAGACAGACCAGUCAUGGAUGUGACCUUCUCUCAGUUUUUGGCAUCAGUCUCUGGGAAGAUCUCUUGUUUAGAUGCUUGCGGUGAUUUGAUGGUGACGUUACAGUCUGUGAGCCGCCAGGGUGAAAAACGUAACCUUCAGCUCUCUGGAAAUACGGACUCAGUGGCCUUCACAUUUGAAAACGUGCCACCUGGCAAAUACAAAAUAAGCAUUGUACAUGAAGACUGGUGCUGGAAGAAUAAAUCUUUGGAGCUGGAAGUUAUGGAGGAGGAUGUUUCAGGUGUAGAAUUCAGACAGACUGGAUAUAUGCUGAGAUGUUCCCUUUCUCAUGCGAUUACACUGGAAUUUUACCAGGAUGGAAAUGGACCGGAGAAUGUUGGUGUUUAUAACCUGUCUAAAGGAGUUAAUAGAUUCUGUCUUUCAAAGCCAGGUGUCUAUGAAGUAACCCCGCGUUCCUGCCACCAGUUUGAACAUGAGUAUUACACUUACGACACGUCCUCUCCUAGUAUACUGACGCUCACUGCUGUUCGACACCAUGUCCUUGGCUCGAUUGUAACAGAUAAACUGAUGGAUGUGACUAUUACCAUUAAAUCUUCUAUUGACAGUGAACCUGACUUAGUUUUAGGGCCCUUGAAAUCUGUACAGGAGUUACGCAGGGAGCAGCAGCUGGCAGAAAUUGAGGCCCGCCGACAAGAGAGAGAAAAGAAGGGUCAAGAAGAGGAAGGAACAAAGCCACCAGUGCAAGAAAUGGUGGAGGAACUUCAAGGACCAUUCUUAUAUGAAUUUUCUUACUGGGCAAGGUCUGGAGAGAAAAUUACUGUGACCCCGUCUUCAAAAGAGCUGCUUUUCUACCCACCUUAUGUGGAAACAGUUGUUAGUGGAGAGAGUUGUCCUGGAAAGCUGAUAGAGAUUCAUGGAAAAGCAGGCUUAUUUAUGGAAGGGCGGAUUCAUCCUGAGUUGGAAGGCGUUGAGAUUGUCAUUGGUGAAAAGGGAGCAACGUCCCCUCUCAUCACAGUUUUCACAGACGACAAAGGUGCUUACAGUGUUGGGCCACUCCACAGUGACUUGGAGUAUACAGUUACUGCUCAGAAAGAAGGCUUUGUUUUGACUGCAGUAGAAGGAACAGUUGGAGACUUCAAAGCUUUUGCCCUUGCUGGGGUGACAUUUGAGAUCAAAUCUGAGGAUGAUCAGGCUCUUGCUGGAGUUCUCUUGUCUCUUAGUGGAGGGAUGUUCCGGUCCAACCUCCUUACACAGGAUAAUGGCAUGUUGACUUUCUCCAAUCUGAGCCCAGGGCAGUAUUAUUUUAAACCCAUGAUGAAAGAGUUUCGCUUUGAACCAUCAUCACAAAUGAUUGAAGUGCAAGAAGGACAGAAUCUUAAAAUUCAGAUAACUGGUUACAGAACAGCGUACAGCUGUUAUGGCACAGUUUCUUCAUUAAAUGGAGAGCCUGAGCAGGGAGUUUCAGUAGAAGCUGUGGGGCAGGAAAAGUGUAGCAUCUAUGGAGAAGACACAAUAACUGAUGAAGAAGGCAAAUUCAGGCUACGUGGCCUUCUGCCUGGUUGUGUGUAUCAUGUCCAACUCAAAGCUGAAGGCAAUGAUCAUAUUGAAAGAGCUUUACCACAGCACCGGGCAAUUGAGGUUGGGAACAGCGACAUUGGUGAUAUUAAUAUUAUAGCAUUUCGGCAAAUUAAUCAAUUUGAUUUAAGUGGAAAUGUAAUUACAUCUUCUGAAUAUCUGUCCACAUUAUGUGUGAAGCUCUACAAAAGUGAAAACCUCGACAACCCAAUUCAUACAGUCAACUUAGGCCAAUCGCUCUUCUUCCAUUUCCCACCACUGCUCCGAGAUGGAGAGAAUUAUGUGGUGCUCCUGGAUUCUACAUUAACUAAAUCACAGUAUGACUACACCCUGCCUCAAGUUUCGUUCACUGCCAUUGGAUAUCAUAAGCACAUUACAUUGGUCUUUAGUCCCACUAGAAAGCUCCCUGAGCAAGAUAUUGCCCAAGGAUCUUAUAUUGCAUUGCCACUGACGUUGCUUCUGUUGUUGGCUGGGUACAAUCAUGAUAAGCUUAUUCCCUUAUUGCUGCAACUGACGACACGGCUGCAAGGAGUACGUGCGCUUGGACAGACGGGUUCUGACACAGGUGGCCAAGAGGAUGCAAAAAGACAAACAAAAAAACAGAAGACAAGACGGACGUGAGGUGAAAGGGAUGAUUACAUGAAGUGACGCUCCAUCAGAUUGGAUCCUGGGGAAGCGAAGCCACUGAAAUGCAUUUUUUGAUAAAUUUGUGAACUUUAUUUUUUUUUUUGUUGUUGUUGCUGCCUGAGCACUAUUUGUCACACUAGCUCCGUUUUGGUUGUAAAUUUUCUAUGGAGUCUAUAGGUUUCCUUAUAAAGUAAUGAAUGCCUCUGUUGUUACUGUGAGUGUAUCUCCCAUACUUGAAGACGAUCAGUGAAUUCUUUUUCUCUUCAGUGGAAUGAGUCAUGCUGUUUCCAUUAAUGAUUUGUAAAAGCAGUGGCUUUACACUUUUUACAAAAAAAAAACAACAAAACUGCUUGAAUUCUCUUUCAGUCUCUAUAUUUUGGGAACAUUUUCCCUUACCUUUCAAAAUACCCACUUUGCUCUAGAGAAGCAGCACACAGGUAUUUUACUAAAUCAGUGGUACUUGAAACAACAAAGUUCUAGGGAAUAUGCAUGAACUGAUAAGUUACGUCCUUGGCACUUCCAGUUCAUCAGCUUGAUUGAAGAGUCCGUUACUUGCAUAGCUGUGAUUUCAGUUCUUACCCAGUGAAUAUGUUUUCUUUGAUUAAAAUCAUGUAUUUACCCAAUAAAGACAAAUUGUUAAUGUCAGGUAAGAUUAGUUGUUAAUGUCAGGUAAGUUCUGUUGAUCCUACUGCAAAAGCAGUGUUUAAAUUUAAAGUUCAUGUGCAGUGCGAUCUCUUUAGACCUCCAGCAUUUCUGAAAUAGCUCAAGCUGGUUGUACUGUUCUUUCCAAAGUUGUACCAUGCUGUCUGUGAUACCCAUUUAUCUGUGUAUCUGUCUAUCCUCCUGCUCAGGCCAUGAGCCUUUUUGCCAACUGCUGACGGAGUUUUUUUAAACUACUUGAAGAAAUGUUAGCUUUUGGAAAUCUCCAACAUGUGCAGUUCCGAUAAUGUAGACUGUAAUAAAUAAUAGCCUGUUUCUUAACAGGUUAUCUUCUGAUUCUUGUUUGAAACAGACAGUUAGACAUACACAGUUUAAAUGUUAAUGGGGCUUUUUAUUGACAAAUAAUAUAAAGGUUAAUAGAGCUUUUGAAAGAUGCAUAUAAAUGCCUACAACUAUUGUGAAGACAUUGGUACUGCCAGUAAGUGGCAAUGUUUCUCUUCUAUUGUACUUGACAUAAAGUCCCUUUACAUUUAAAUAUUAAAGCGUAUAAUCCCUACCUUAGACAACGGGAUGCAAAAUGCUUUUUGGUAUUUUUGUUGGUAUUUUGCACUAGUUUGGACCUAAAUAAUUAAAACUUCAAUCGGUAAUCAUUCUUCUUGAACUCAUAUCUGUACAACACAAUCUGAGGGAACUUUUACCAAGAUCAUCAUAAAAAUGAAGGAUGUCAAAAAAGCAUGUAUAUAUACAGUUUGAGAUGAAGCUCUAAUAAACUAUCAUGCUCUCAACUUAAUGACCUAGAAAUUUAUACUUUGCUGUGAUGAAAUACAUGGGGAAAAACUGUUGGAGGACUUGUAAUAAAUUGUACCCUUUUAAUACACUUUUAUUUUAGGUUGGUGAAUGUUGAUAAAGGAAUUGCUACUUGGAGGAAAUGUAUGAGGAGGAAAUGAAGAUUUCAUUUGACUUGAGGGACUACGGGAUAUUCUGACCUCUGAACUGUGGGACUUGCUGAUGAUUGACAUUAAACACUGGGAAUGCUGUUAAUAAAAAGGCAUUAAUGCUUGCUAA